AUGGAGUCACACCUGAUUUACACCAGUCACAUCCAGGUGCGCCUAGGGGAGCACAGCCGUGGAACUAGCUCGGGGAACGAGCAGUUCUCCGCCGCCCAGGAAAUCAUCUCCCACCCCGGAUUCCGCGCCCCCAGCGCCGGCAGCCGGGACUACGAGAAUGACAUCAUGCUGCUCCGCCUGUCACCCCCGGCCGUCUACACUGACUACGUGCAGCCCCUGGCACUGACUGACAGCUGCCCCCCAGAAGGGACCCACUGCACCGUGAUGGGAUGGGGCACCACCACCAGCCCCGCUGAGACGUACCCUGAUGUUCCCCAGUGCUUGGACGUCGAUAUUCUCUCCAAUACCAUCUGCGAGGAUGCGUACCCCGAGAAAGUGACUGAGAACAUGCUCUGCGCUGGGGUGCUGGAGGGGGGCAAAGACUCCUGCCAGGGUGACUCCGGCGGGCCCCUGGUCUGUAACGGGAAGCUGCAGGGCCUGGUUUCCUGGGGAGAUCACCCCUGCGCCCAGCCCAACAAGCCUGGGGUCUGCACCAGCAUCUGCAAAUACCUAGCCUGGAUCCAGGAGACCAUCGGGGGGAAGUGAUGGCCCCGGGGGCUGGGACUGGGGCCAGGUGGGGCAAAGGGGGUAAUUACUGACCCCAGCCUGGAGCCGGGUUCAGGAGCGACCGAGACGCA